UCAUAAAUGAGACAAGUGCCCUUAAGGAGAAAUGCCCAGGUGAACUGUCUUGUUCUUCUCACUAUAGGGAACACCACAUGGCCAUCUGUAAACUAGGCCUUUAAAUCUGCCAGCACCUUCAAAGGCUCACACAUUGAAUGAAGAAAACAAGUUCAGCAAAGCGGACUUAGCCUGCCGCAGUCAAAGAAACAAAGAUUUUCAUGGUGAGAAGCUGGGUUUGCAGGUUAUCUGUGUUUCCCAGAAGAUGCUUGGCUUUGCUCUCUCCAACACCUGAGGAAGAUGGACAGAAACAUGGUGAGGAAACCUCUGUAUAAGCAGUUAGACUUGGAGAGAAAGAGUGCCAGGCAAGCUGAAGCCAGACUCAGCCUCAGACUGCAAAGGCUGGAGGUUAUCUCCCUCUAUCACAUGAAAUCGCUCGCCAGGGAGCAGAAACAGCUUCAGAAAGAACUGCAGCGCCUGCAGCAAGCAGAUAUCAUCAAGAAAAGGUUCUUUCCUUCUGUGGGGCACGAAAAGCAGAAGAGAUCGAAAGAUGUUGUCACCUUCUCACGACAGACAGGACAGAGGCAAGAAGUCCCAGAGUCUAAAAUUAGAGUACCAAAAACCAAUACUACCCAAGAAGUUAAAACUAAGAUUCGGGUGCCCUUUUUACAUGACCCUGCCCUCAAAGAUGUCCCGAGAAGCCAAGAGCACCUUCUAUCUCAAGGUGAGAGAACGAGCUACUACAAGGAAAGGAACUCACAAGCCAGGGAGGGAGAGCCCACAAAUCCACUGAAGGGCAUGGACUCCAGCCAGGAUUUCCCUGUCCCGUGUCACGACCAAGAGGUAUCCACCAACAAGACAGAAGGCGGCCUCGUGUCCAGCCCAGAUGGUGAGAGAGGAUCAGCAUCUGCUUACGUCCCCAGAUCCAAAAAUGCCAAUCAAAAGCCAGGUGGAGAUGCUGAUGUACAAAAUCCCCUCAGAACCAUGGGCCAUACAAGAAGCUUCAAAGAUGACCGCACAAAGCCAACCUUCCUAGAGCUGUUCGAAAAGGCCAAAAAUGCCCACUAUCUCCGCCACAGGGUGCCCCCCGAGUCUGAGAGGUUACUUAGCAUCCGGGAGAUAUUUGGACACAGAGACUACUGACUACUCACUACUCAGAGCAGCGGAAAAACCGUGACAACGGGGCCAAGUCCCUUCCUCUCUGGUUGUGUAAUGUCACCUGGCCAGAAGAUAUUCUGUAGUCACCAUGGAAAUGGGACCCUUCAAAUAGCUGCCAUAGCAAUGCACAGAAAUAAACAGAAAUGCAUGACAAACUUUCUUUUGCAACCCCAGGGCUCCCUGCCCUUUUAUUUGGUCUUUCUCUUAAGAAACGAGGCUACUAUGAAGAAGAAGGAGAGGGGAAAAUGUUAUGAAAAUAUUUAAAGUUGCGAACCUAGUCUCAUUUUGAAGAAGAAAGUCUUUGUUUGUCCCAAGGUCUGUCCUGUAUAGGAGAUGCUUACAGCGCCACCUGCUGGCCAAACAGCAUAGCUAUUUGCAUAGUUUUCCUUUCUUUUGGAGUUUGCAUGGGAACCCAACUGAAAUGUAUAAUGACAUGGUCUCCAAAUAAAACCUGGUCUUGCCGCA